GCGGCGGGCGAAGGCGGAGGGGAGCCGGGGGAGGAGGGAGGCGCCGGCGGGCGGCAGCGGCGCUUCCAGACCCAGGGCGGCCGGGCCGCGGGUGGCUUUCCCGGAGGCGGGUCCGCGUCCAGCGGCGGCAGCGGCUGCCUCUGCGGACAGGAUGGCGUUCAGCAAGGGGUUCCGGGUCUACCACAAGCUGGACCCCCCACCCUUCAGCCUCAUGGUGGAGACCAGGCACAAGGAGGAGUGUCUCCUGUUCGAGUCCGGGGCGGUGGCCGUGCUCUCUUCUGCAGAAAAGGAGGCAAUCAGGAGUACAUACUCCAAAGUGCUGGAUGCCUAUGGACUCCUAGGUGUUUUACGACUCAAUCUGGGUGACACCACGCUACAUUAUCUGGUCCUCGUCACCGGGUGCAUGUCUGUGGGGAAAAUUCAAGAAUCGGAAGUGUUCCGAGUGACUUCCACGGAGUUUAUAUCCCUACGAGCUGACUCUUCAGAUGAGGAUCGCAUUUCAGAAGUGCGCAAGGUGCUGAACUCAGGGAACUUCUAUUUCGCGUGGUCUGCCUCGGGGGUCAGCUUGGACCUGAGUCUUAACGCCCACCGCCGCAUGCAGGAGCACACGACCGACAACAGGUUUUUCUGGAACCAGUCUCUGCACCUGCACCUCCAGCACUACGGCGUGAGCUGUGACGACUGGCUGCUGCGUCUCAUGUGCGGCGGCGUGGAGAUCAGGACCAUCUACGCGGCUCACAAGCAGGCCAAGGCCUGCCUCAUCUCCAGGCUGAGCUGCGAGCGCGCCGGGACCAGGUUCAAUGUCCGGGGCACCAACGACGAUGGCCACGUCGCCAAUUUUGUAGAAACGGAGCAGGUCGUGUACUUAGAUGACUCCAUUUCUUCCUUCAUCCAAAUCCGGGGCUCGGUUCCGUUGUUCUGGGAGCAGCCGGGCUUGCAGGUGGGCUCGCACCGUGUCCGGAUGUCCAGGGGCUUCGAAGCCAAUGCGCCCGCCUUUGACAGGCAUUUUAGAACACUUAAGAGUCUGUAUGGCAAACAAAUAGUAAUAAAUCUGCUUGGAUCUAAGGAAGGUGAACAUAUGCUCAGUAAGGCCUUCCAGAGCCACCUGAAGGCUUCGGAGCACGCCGCCGACGUGCAGAUGGUGAGCUUCGACUACCACCAGCUGGUGAAGGGGGGCAAGGCCGAGAAGCUGCACAGCGUCCUCAGGCCCCAGGUCCAGAGGUUCCUCGAUUACGGCUUUUUUCAUUUCGACGGAAGUGACGUUCGAAGGUGCCAGAGUGGGACCGUCCGCACCAACUGCUUGGACUGCCUGGACAGGACGAACAGCGUGCAGGCCUUCCUGGGCCUGGAGAUGCUGGCGAAGCAGCUGGAAGCCCUCGGCUUGGCUGAGAAGCCCCAGCUGGUGACUCGCUUUCAGGAGGUCUUCCGCUCCAUGUGGUCGGUGAACGGUGACUCCAUCAGUAAGAUCUAUGCCGGGACCGGGGCCCUGGAAGGAAAGGCCAAGGCUGGGAAGCUAAAAGAUGGUGCUCGCUCUGUCACUAGGACGAUUCAGAAUAACUUCUUUGACAGCUCCAAGCAAGAGGCCAUUGACGUUCUGCUCCUGGGAAACACUCUAAAUAGUGACUUAGCUGACAAAGCGCGAGCACUUUUAACCACUGGAAGUUUGCGUGUUUCUGAGCAGACGUUGCAGUCAGCCUCUUCUAAAGUUCUGAAGAGCAUGUGCGAGAGUUUCUACAAGUAUUCAAAGCCCAAGAAAAUCCGCGUGUGUGUGGGCACCUGGAAUGUGAACGGCGGGAAGCAGUUCCGCAGCAUAGCUUUUAAGAACCAGACCCUCACCGACUGGCUUCUUGAUGCACCCAGGCUGGCGGGCAUCCAGGAGUUUCAAGAGAGAAGAAGCAAGCCGACAGACAUAUUUGCGAUCGGGUUUGAGGAGAUGGUGGAGUUGAAUGCGGGAAACAUUGUGAAUGCGAGCACCACGAACCAGAAGCUCUGGGCGGUGGAGCUCCAGAAGACCGUCUCCCGGGACAACAAGUACGUGCUGCUGGCCUCCGAGCAGCUGGUGGGCGUCUGCCUGUUCGUCUUCAUCCGCCCGCAGCACGCGCCCUUCAUCAGGGAUGUCGCCGUGGACACCGUGAAGACGGGAAUGGGUGGCGCCACGGGCAACAAGGGAGCGGUUGCCAUCCGCCUGCUGUUCCACACGACCAGCCUCUGCUUCGUGUGCAGCCACUUCGCCGCAGGGCAGUCCCAGGUCAAGGAGCGGAACGAGGACUUCGCGGAGAUCGUGCGGAAACUGAGCUUCCCCAUGGGGAGGAUGCUCUUUUCCCACGAUUACGUGUUCUGGUGCGGCGACUUCAACUACCGCAUCGACCUCCCCAAUGAGGAGGUGAAGGAGCUCAUCAGGCAGCAGAACUGGGACGCCCUCAUCGCGGGGGACCAGCUGAUCGGCCAGAAGAACGCCGGGCAGAUUUUUAGAGGAUUUUUAGAAGGAAAAGUAACCUUUGCUCCGACAUAUAAAUAUGAUUUGUUUUCUGAAGACUAUGACACCAGCGAAAAGUGCCGCACCCCCGCGUGGACAGACCGUGUCCUCUGGAGGAGGAGGAAGUGGCCUUUUGAUCGAUCAGCGGAGGACUUGGACCUCCUCAACGCCAGUUUCCAAGACGGAAGCAAAAUCCUGUACACGUGGACCCCGGGCACGUUGCUGCACUACGGGCGGGCCGAGCUGAAGACCUCCGACCACAGGCCCGUGGUCGCCCUCAUCGACAUCGACAUCUUCGAGGUGGAGGCCGAGGAGAGGCAGAGCGUCUACAGGGAAGUCCUGGCCGAGCAGGGCCCGCCCGACGCCACGGUGCUGGUCUCCGUCCGGAGCGCGGGGCCAGAGAGCAGCUUCUUCGAUGACACUUUGAUCGACGAGCUUCUGCAGCAGUUUGCGAAUUUUGGUGAAGUGGUUCUCAUAAGGUUUGUAGAAGAUAAAAUGUGGGUUACAUUUUUGGAGGGAAGUUCUGCCUUGAGUGUUCUGAGCCUCAGUGGUAAAGAGUUACUGGGCCGGACUAUAAUGAUUACUUUGAAAAGCCCCGACUGGAUCAAGAAUUUGGAAGAAGAAAUAAGUUUAGAGAAGAUUAACGCCCCGUUGCCUUCGUCGACAAGCUCCACGCUGCUGGGCGAGGACGCGGAGGUGGCGGCAGACUUCGACCUGGAAGGGGACGUGGACGACUACAGCGCCGAGGUGGAGGAGGCCCUUCCCCAGCACCUGCAGCCGUCCCCGGGCUGCGGCCUCGGCGCGUCCCCCAGCUCGUCCCCGCGGACCAGCCCCUGCCAGUCGCCCACCAUAGCGGACGUCCCCCUGCCCUCCCUGCCCGUCAGGCCAAGCCGGACCCCGUCCAGGACUCCGGGGCAGCCGCCUCCGCAGAGCGCUUUUCCCGGCUCUCCCGUGGACGCUCCGUCAGCCGCACAGCCUCAGAAGGAUGCUCCGCAGGUCCUGGAGCCCAAGCGGCCGCCGCCUCCCCGCCCGGGGGCCCCUCCUGCGCGGCCAGCGCCCCCUCAGCGACCACCUCCGCCGUCAGGGGCCAGGAGUCCCGCGCUGGCCCGGAAGGAGCUUGGAGGCCACAGCCAGCCUUUCCCUCCAGCGGGACUUGCGGGCCCAGGACCCGCUGGACACGGCGCGCCCAGACCGACGAUGCCGGCGAUCCCGCCCCGCGCCGGGGUGAUCAGCGCCCCGCAGAGCCAGGCCCGGGCGUCCGCGGCGUCUGCUGGGAGGCCGGCUGCCGAGAGCCAGGGCAGAGCCUCCGAAGCCCCCAGAGGUUCACCUCUCCUUCCUGAACCCCUGAAGCCACAGGCCGCCCCGCCUGGUCCAAAGAUGCAGGAGCCCCUCGUCCCGACAGCAGCCCCGCCGCCUCAGGCUGCCCCCCAGCCCGGCUUGGAGACGCCGCCCCAGCCCCCGCCGCGGAGCCGGUCCUCCCACAGCCUGCCCCCCGAGCCCUCGGCCCAGCAGGUGAGACCCAACGGCGUCCCUGCAGUCAGACUGGAAUCGCCGUCGAAGAGCGACCCGUUUGAAGACCUGUCACUUAGUCUGCUGGCCGUGUCACAGGCCCAGCCGCCUGUGCACCCCGCCCCUGUCCUCACCCCGGGCCCCAAGGGGGUGGUCCCCCUGCCUCCUGCAACAUCAAGUAACAUCAGCAUUUUGAGUUCUGUGAGCUGCAUGCCGACACUGCCUCCACUUCCCGUGCGGAGCCAAUCCCAGGAGAACGUGCGCUGCUCUCCGAACCCAUUUGCCCCGACCUUCCCUGGCACCGACCUCUUCGCCAGCAGGACGAACCCAUUCAGAGCCCCGUCCAGGGACGCAGAGGCGGCAGCGCAGCCCGUGGAGCCCGUCCCCUGCCCUCCCCUCCCUCCUCCCGGGCGGGGCCAGAGCAGCGGCAAGCCUCCUGCUCAGCCCCCCAGCUUCCAGGACAGCUCCGACCCGCAGGCCCCGGCCACAGCGAGCGCCAGCCCCCCGAGGGGGUGGGUCACCUUCGAGGAAGAGGAGGACUUUGGUGUGAGAGCCAAGUUGAAGGCAGCUUGUCCAGACUCCCUGGGCCCUCGGCCAGGCCCGUCCUCCGGCCCAGGCGUGACCUUUGGAGAUGACUGGGGUCAAGGGACAGGGGUUCCCACCUGUGUGCUGCCCUCGCGGAGGCCGCCCCCGCCUCCCAGUUCUGCGCUCCCCGCAGGCCCUGCCCCUCCAGCCGACCCUUUCACCGCUCUGGCCCCCGUGGCUCCCACUGUAGACUUCACGGAAAGAUAGCCCACAGGGGACAGCGCUCCGUGUGCUGGGCAGAGCGAGAGAACCGGGCAUUGUUAUUCAUUACGUGCAAUAGUCCUUGUUCCUGCACUGAUGUCAAGAAAUACCACUGUGUCACGUGUACAGAGUUGGAGUAUGUGUAUAUUGGAAAUAGGGGAAACCCUUCUCAUUAUUAACUGGAGUUCUGGUGUGUUUCUGUUUGGAUAACUGAGAGCAGUAGCCAUAGAAAGUGCUCAGAACUACUCUGGGAAGUAGACCCCACUCAGAUCCUCGUGAGGCCCCCAAGAAUCUCAGAAAGACUCGCAGCUCCCCGCUGGCCUGUCUCCACCCUCACGAGCAGUCACCGAAGAGCUGUCCGCGGGGCGGGACGCUGAACCGGACUCUGAGAGGCAUUGCUAGAGAGAGAGAGUGCACACGUGCGCACACGUGUGGUGUAUGCGCACACACAGUCUAACACUCACCUAAACUCUAGGCCAUGACCCAGACCAAAUCUGUAUCUAAAAGUUCUGAGAGUUCUCUUUUCAAUAUUUCAUUAUCAGAUGGACCACUGUAAGUGAAAUUUGGACAUUAAUUUUCUUUCCAAAACUAAAAUAACCCUUACUCCUGAAACAGCAUUUUCUCUCCUUGCACGCGUGCGCGCACACCUCGGCAAUCCCCACUCCAGGCCCCGGGCCUUCCCUCUGGGACGGCUCCUGGCAGCUGGAAGCACGUGUCGCAGUCACUGUCCCGCACACACUCCAGCCCUUUCCAAGGAGCCGAUGGCCGUGUGUCUGCGAGGCACAGGCCAAGGGUUCAGGGAGGAAUUCAGCGCCAAGUGUCCUCUCUGUACAUGACGGCCUGUGCUGCCUGCUGCCUCCUCCUCCCCCAGUCCCUGCUCCAGGCUUCCUCAGCAGGGCGAGCAGGGGGAGCGGCUUGCUCCGAACUGGGGCUGCCCUGAGGGGCUGGGGCCCACCAGAGCUCCUGGCCGUGGAUUCCCUCUCCUGCUCUGCUGCACCCACUGACCCCGCUUCUGUUCCUUUUCUGAAGUACAGGGAAUUUUUAAGAAUGUAGUAUUUUGAUAUCAUUAAGUAAUCCCAAUCAGAAAAUCCGUGAGCAGUUGUUUUGUCAGUUUAAGCGAAAGUCAUCUGUACCCAUAAGACUUACGUUAGCGCUCCUUUCUACAGAGCGCUGUGUGUCCGCCGACACCCCGCGUCCUCAUUGGACCUCACUGGUGUGCGUCGGGGGUGGCAGGAAGCAGGGUCCGUGGGAAGAACGUGGAAAAGCACAGAACUGCAUCGCACUUCCCCACAGAAAGCAAAUCCACAGGCAAAGCUCUUCUCUAGAUGCUUAAAUGCUAUCACACUCUAUUUACAGACGUCAUCCUGUUAACAGCCAGGAACUCGUGAGUUUUCUGUUGUGCUUUUGGGGUUCUAAGCAUUUCAGCAUCAGUAUGUCUUACACGGCAGUAUUCCUCUCGGCGAUAUGCUUCAAAUGUGAACUAACUUGUCCCAACUGUGGCUUUAGCUUCUAUGUGAUUGGUGUGUGGUAUUUGCUCUCUAUUAGACGAACAGUUCCUUCCCCACAGCAGCGGCUCCGUGAGCAGUCUCCCGGUGAACCUGAACUACUGCCUGAAACACACACACCGUGCGGCACCGUGGCCUUUAUCGGAAACUGUAUUCGGCAAGUUGCUGAAAGUGCACAAAGCUACAGAAGUUAAAGGUACGCUGCCAAUAACGCCAUUAUUCUGUGUCUUACUGAAAUAUCCACCAGUUCUAUUAAAAGCAGAGCAGAAUUUAGACACUAAGGCUCUCUGUGAAUUCUUUGUUCUCGAUAAUAGAUUGCUGUUUAUAUGUAAGAACUUUAUUGCUUAUGUGGCAUAUGAUAUUUAUAACUGUACUUUAUAGAAGUAUAUAUUACAGUCAGUGGUAUACAUUCUGUACAUAUCCUGUGAGAUGUGCUGUCACAUGAAAUAAAUGGACCUUCGUUACCAUA